CGGCCAACUUGUAUAAAGACAGCGCUGAACGAUGCCUCCCUCUGACAAGCCUUCUCUUUUGUUUCUCAAGCCUGGACAGCUGCAUUCAUUCUCUUGUUUUUUACGUUCUCUUUUUCACCCCCUUCCUCUCUUUUUUAACACCGUCCUACGGACAAUUCCAUUCUUUUUUACACCUUCAAAAUGAAGACCACCGCUGGAUUGCUCGCUCUGGCAGCGGCUGCUAAGAUGGCCAACGCCCACGCCACCGUCUUCGCCGUCUGGAUUAACGGCGAGGACCAGGGCCUGGGUAACACCGACUCUGGCUACAUCCGUUCUCCCCCCAGCAACUCCCCCGUCACCGAUGUCACCUCCACCGACAUGACCUGCAACGUCAACGGUGACAAGGCCGCCGCGAAGACCCUGUCCGUCAAGUCCGGCGACAAGGUCACCUUCGAGUGGCACCACGACAGCCGUGAUGCCGGCGACGACAUCAUUGCCUCGUCCCACUUGGGUCCCGUCAUGACCUACAUUGCCCCCACCAAGAAGGGCUCCUCCGGCGAGGGCUGGGUCAAGCUGGCCGAGGAGGGCUACGACAAGUCCACCGACAAGUGGGCCGUCGACAACCUGAUCGCCAACAAGGGCAAGCACUCCGUCACCAUCCCCGACAUCGAGGCCGGCGAGUACCUGCUCCGUCCCGAGAUCAUCGCCCUCCACGAGGGUAACCGCGAGGGCGGUGCUCAGUUCUACAUGGAGUGUGUCCAGGUCAAGGUCACCUCCGACGGCUCCAAGACCCUCCCCGAGGGUGUCGCCAUCCCCGGCGCCUACAAGGCCGACACCGAGGGUGUCCUCUUCGACAUCUACAGCGACUUCGACUCCUACCCCAUCCCCGGCCCCGCCGUCUGGGACGGUGCCUCCUCCGGCUCCUCCGGCUCGGGCUCUUCCUCGUCCGCCGCCGCUGCCCCCUCCACCACUGCCCCCGCCGCCGCUGUCUCGACCACCGCUGCCGCUGCUACUACCCAGGAGGCCAUUGUCACCGCUGCCCCCACCACCCAGGAGGCCGUCGUGACCGCCGCCCCUGCCCCCGUUGAGUCCUCGUCCGCCCCCGAGGUCCCUGCCCCUGCCCCCAGCAGCUUCACCACCUCUGUCCGCGCCUCGACCUCCUCCGCCGCCCCCGUCAGCUCCGGCGUCCCCGGCUCCAACAAGAUCUACCAGCGCUGCGGCGGUAUCAACUUCACCGGCCCCACCGGCUGUGAGAGCGGCCUGGUCUGCAAGAAGUGGAACCCCUACUACCACCAGUGCGUUCAGGCUUAAAUGAGUCUGACCUGGUUGGUAUGAGUUGAGUUGCUUUGUUUGGGGAGAAUGAUGCGAAAGAUAGACUUGUAGUUUAGAUUUCCAUCGAGGUUGUUUGCUCACUAGUUGAGAUUGACGCCUCUAUAUAUUCAAACCUUUUGCUGUCCAUAUAUAUAUCCUUCUUUAUCUAUGUAUUGAUUAAUUUUAUUGGGUAAUCUUUC